AUGGACCUCGAUACCACCCGUCGUCCCCGAAACCUGGUGCUCACUGAGCCGCGCAGUAAUGCGAACUCCCUCUGCGAGGAAACUCCCUCCAAAAAGCGCAAGAUUGCGGUUGCCCCUGCGCUCGCCCGAUCGCGAGACGAUUCUCGACCCGGCCUGUAUUCGACGCAGACCAAAAGCGGGUUCGAAUCCGAUAUACUCGAGAAAUUCGGCCACGACAUUCUGAAACUGAAACGAAACUGCAAUGAGAAGGGACAAUCGUGGGAUCGGCCACCUGUUCGAGCACUUGUACCAGAGUGUGAUAGCCUUUGUUUCCAAGCUAUUGAAGCCGAGGAAGGAACGCUUCAUGGCGGUCUCCCUACUGUCAAAUUGUUCGGAGUCAACGAGCGAGGCAACUCUGUACUACUCCACGUCACGGACUUCAGGCACUACCUUUAUGUGGCCUCCCCACCAACGUUUCAGCCCCAGGAUUGUGCAUCGUUCUGCGUAUACCUCGAAACUCAAAUUGCUCAGCACAAGCCGGCGAUACAUUCGGUGGCUUUGGUUACGCGGGAGAACAUCUACGGUUUCGCGGGCAACCAGCAAUGCCCUUACUUGAGGAUCACAGUCACUGAUCCCAAAUUCAUCAAUGUCGUUCGUUCCACGAUUGAAAGUGGCCGCGCGAACUGGAAGGGCAAAUGGAAAGGUGUGGAUGGUAGAAAGUUCCCCGUACCUCAGCCACAGACGGACACUUACAGACCGCAGAUUCCGGGUAUGUCAUGGGUGGAAGCUCCGGCGAAGUCGUACAAGAUGAUACCGAGUCAUGACCGCCAGUCAAGGUGCCAGAUUGAAGCACAAGUCAGUUAUCUCCAUCUCAUCGCGCACGACCCAGUCAAUGAAUGGGCUAAGAUGGCCCCACUACGUAUCUUGUCCUUCGACAUCGAGUGCGCUGCUCGUAAAGGCAUAUUUCCUGAAGCCAACUGCGACCCGGUAAUACAAAUCGCGAACAUCGUGACGACAUAUGGGGAGAAACAGCCGUUCAUUCGAAACGUUUUCUGCUUGGAUACGACUCAUGCUAUUGUAGCGACGCAGGUUCUAGAAUUCGACCGGGAGGAAGCGAUGCUUUCGGCGUGGCAGAACUUCCUUGUUCGGGCGGACCCUGAUGUCAUCACCGGCUACAACAUUGCCAAUUUCGACUUUCCUUAUCUGCUUGAUCGAGCCAAACACCUCAAAGUGUCGGGGUUUGAAUACUGGUCGCGCAAUCUGAAUGUCCCAUCAAAGUCUAAAGAGACAAGCUUCUCGAGCAAGCAGAUGGGAAACCGUGAUACCAAAACCACCAACAUUAACGGGCGACUGCAGCUCGACCUGUUUCAACUCAUUCAACGCGACCACCACCUUCGCAGCUAUUCGUUGAACUCCGUCUGCGCAAAUUUCCUGGGCGAACAGAAGGAGGAUGUCCACCACACGAUGAUCACCGAGCUGUUCAACGGUACUCCCGAAUCCCGCCGGCGCCUCGCGUUGUACUGUUUGAAGGAUGCGUAUCUUCCACAACGUCUCAUGGACAAGCUGUCCUGUCUUGAGAACUACACCGAAAUGGCUAGGGUCACAGGUGUUCCAUUCAACUUCCUCUUGUCCCGUGGCCAGCAAAUCAAGUUCAUCAGCCAGCUUUACCGGAAGGCUUUUGAACAGAAGCUCGUCAUUCCUAAUAUGAAGGCAAAUGGCUCAGAUGAGCAAUACGAAGGAGCAACCGUCAUCGAGCCGAUACGAGGCUACUACGAUGUGCCAAUUGCAACACUGGACUUCGCCUCCUUGUAUCCCAGCAUCAUCCAAGCCCACAAUCUCUGCUACACUACAUUGAUCGAUAAACCAACCAUCACGAGGCUGGGUUUGAAACGAGACGAAGAUUUCAUCGUCACACCCAACGGCGACACGUUUGUGACGACAAGACAAAGGAAAGGGCUCUUGUCGCAGAUUCUUGAAGAACUCCUCAUGGCGCGGAAGCAAGCCAAACGUGAACUAGCUGUGGAGAAGGAUCCAUUCAAGAAAGCAGUUCUGAAUGGUCGCCAACUGGCCCUGAAAAUAAGCGCCAACAGCGUAUAUGGAUUGACCGGCGCAACGACUGGAAAGCUGCCAUGUCUCGAAAUCGCGAGCAGCACGACAAGCUUCGGACGACAAAUGAUUGAGAAGACAAAGGAAGAAGUGGAAAAGAAGUAUACCAUUGCGAAUGGUUACAGCCACGAUGCACAGGUCAUCUAUGGUGACACAGAUUCUGUCAUGGUCAAAUUUGGUACCAGGGACUUGACGGAGGCUAUGAAGCUGGGCCAGGAAGCGUCACAGUACGUAUCCUCUCAUUUUGUCCAGCCGAUCAGGCUGGAAUUUGAAAAGGUAUACUUCCCAUACCUUCUCAUCAACAAGAAGCGCUAUGCAGGGCUUUAUUACACAACACCGGAGAAGUAUGACAAAAUGGACACCAAAGGCAUUGAGACUGUGCGGCGGGAUAACUGCCUUCUUGUUCAAACUGUGAUCGAGAAGGUUCUGAAGAUGAUCUUGAUUGAACAAGAUGUCCAAAGUGCGCAAGAGUAA